GACGAGGAUCAAUCUUCACCUGGAGACAGACAGAGACUUUCAGCCGCUUUCUUUUAUUUCUGGAUCCUUUCUGUCUGGAAAUGUUCGCACGGAGCCGCAGACCAGAAUAAACCUUCCUCCUUUAUGCGGAUAUUUUAUUUUUCACACUCUGGAUCUGGUUUGUUUGACAUUUCACAGGAAUUUAAAUUUAAAAAGAACAGGAACCAGCAGCUGAUCCGAUCCGAGCCGAACGCACCUGGUCACCGGGAGAUCCGCGCCUCCUCCUCCGUCCAGACUCCGGUCCAGACUCCGGUCCCCCCUCCGCCCGUCCAGACUCCGGUCCCCCCUCCGCGCUUCGAGCAUGAUGUCUUAUCUCAAACAGGCCCCGUACGGGAUGAACGGGCUGGGCCUGAGCGGAGCUGCCAUGGACCUGCUCCACCCGUCUGUGGGAUACCCCGGGAACCCGCGGAAGCAGCGCCGGGAGCGAACCACCUUCACCCGGACGCAGCUGGACAUUCUGGAGUCGCUUUUCGCUAAGACGCGCUACCCCGACAUCUUCAUGAGGGAGGAGGUGGCGCUCAAAAUCAACCUGCCCGAGUCCCGAGUCCAGGUCUGGUUUAAAAACCGACGAGCCAAGUGUCGGCAGCAGCAGCAGAGCAGCAGCAGCAGCUCCAAGGUCAAACCCAUGAAGAAGAAGUCGUCUCCGACCAGAGAGAGCACUGGUUCAGAGAGCAGCGGUCAGUUCACCCCCCCGGCCGUGUCCAGCUCCUCCUCCGCUACCUCCUCCUCCUCGUCCUCCUCCACGUCCUCGUCCUCCGUCUCCUCUGGUCUGAUUAGCAGCUCUACCUCCGUCACCGCUCCGGUGUCGUCCAUCUGGAGCCCGGCACCCAUCUCCCCGGCCCCGGCCCCCGCCGCUCUCCCGGACCCGGCCGCCCCCACCAGUGCGUCCUGCAUGCAGCGCUCCGUGUCCUCGUCCUCCUCCGCUGGAGGGACGCCGUCCUACCCCGUGUCCUACGGCCAAACGGCGGCGGCCUACGGUCAGGGCUACCCCGCCUCCGCAUCCGGCUCCUACUUUGGGGGCGUGGAGUGCGGCUCGUACCUGGCACCCAUGCACUCCCACCACCACCCGCACCACCCCCACCAGCUCAGCCCCAUGACGGGCAGCUCCAUGUCAGGACACCCCCACCACCACAUCGGCCAGACAGCAGGACACCACCACCACCACCACCACCCGCCACACCACCACCAGGCGUACAGCGCGCCCGGCCUCGCCUUCAACUCCACAGACUGUCUGGAUUACAAAGAGCAGACGGCGGCUUCGGCCUGGAAGCUCAACUUCAACGCCUCCGACUGUUUGGACUACAAAGACCAGGCCUCGUGGCGUUUCCAAGUGCUGUGACUUGCUGUGUUUCUCUUCCUCUGUGCUUUCAAAGAAGUAUUCUUUUUUGUUGUUGGAGAGCCUUUAAACUAUUAGAAGAAACAUCUAAAACGUGUUUUGUUUGUGAACGAGCUGAAACGACGCACACACGUCAGAAGCCUGAGCAUCCGGCCUCCACUCAUCAGUGGAGCAACUCAUCCCGGAUUAUUUUCUACUCCGUUUUUCUGGAGGCCUUUAAUAGGAAAGUUUCAGUCAGUUUCAGCCUGGAGACGACCUCAGCGAUUCUUCCUCACAAAUAAGAUGAGUGAGAAACACUGACUAUGUGUGUGGGCUUCUCUGAAGCAGGAAGCUGCCAGGACUUUGCUGAUGUUCUCUGUUUGAUUUCUGACUUGAAUCUUGUUAAGAAAAUCACUGUCCAGCCUGUGACUGUUUGAUUUGCAGACUGAAUUGCAGCACUUGGUUAUAAGGUGAAAGAUUUUGCUAUUUUGUUCUUUGCAGAGGAAAUAAAAUAAAAAUGUGAAUUAGACACGCAUCCCAUUGAGAUUUGAAACAUGUACCUUCGUGUCUUUAUAAUAAAGUCUUGUUAAAACAUGA